GCCACGGGCCCCCGAGAGCCUCCUGCCGCCGCGUCCCCGCCGCCGCGAGAGCCGACGUCGAGCACGCAGCCCGCGGCGCCGCUCCUGGCUAGAUCCUCCUACAAUCCCUGUCUGAUUCUGUCAUUUCUGCUCACAUGCUGCCUGCCACUCUCUCAUGAUACCUCGUCCCAUUUUGGAGAAGGUUAGCAGAAUUUUCCUUUUGGAGAAGAAAUCUGCCUUCGUUCCCAAAUCACUCACUUUUGCCUGUGCUGAGGUUGACACGUACCACAUUCUUUCAGAAGAGAAUGGAAGGGCUUCAGAGAAGCAGAUAUGGAACUAUGACUGAAGGCAGAGGGGAAGAUAACUGGUUUGCAACAUCGUCCUCACUGAGGAUCAUCCUGGUGGGCAAGACAGGCAGCGGGAAGAGUGCCACAGGGAACAGCAUCCUCUGCCAGCCAGUGUUCGAGUCCAAGCUGAGGAGCCAGCCUGUGACCAGAAAGUGCCAGGCAGAGACAGGGACCUGGGAUGGAAGGAACAUCCUGGUGGUUGACACACCCCCCAUCUUCGAGGCAGGGGCUCAGACCCAGGACACGUACAAGGACAUCGGGGAUUGCUACCUGCUCUCUGCCCCGGGGCCCCACGUGCUGCUGCUGGUGACCCAGCUGGGGCGCUUCACCGCCCAGGACACGGUGGCGGUGAGGAGGGUGAUGGAGAUCUUCGGGGAAGAAGCCAUGAAACACAUGGUGGUCCUCUUCACCCACAAGGAGGACUUGAUGGGCGAGUCCUUGGACAAUUACGUCGCAAACACGGACAACCAUAGCCUGAGGAGCGUGGUCCAGGAGUGCAGCAAGAGAUACUGCGCCUUCAACAACAAGGCCACCGGGGAGGAGCAGGGGGAGCAGCGGGCCCAGCUGAUGGCCGUGGUCGAGAGGCUGGAGAGGGAGAGCCAGGGCGCCUUCCACACCAACAGCCUCUUCUUUGAAGCCCAGAUGCUGCUGCAAGACAGGGGCAGUGCCCACGGGGAAGAGCACAGGCGCUUCCUGACCAAGGUGCAGGAGUAUGUGGAAAAGCAGCAGCGAGCCCUGAAAGAGAGAGGCAGUAACUGGGCCUCCAGGGUGCUCCUCAGAGUCAAAACCUGGGUGUUUUCUAACCCUGGGAUAUCUGCCUUCCUUGUUAUAUGCUUUCUGAUUUUUCUUGCCGUUUUAAUUAACUUGUGUAUUACUCAUGCACACUGAGCGUUUUCAGAUGAUUUCUGCAGUCAGCUAUAUUAUUUUUUGAGUCCCCGUCUCUGUCUGUGUCAGAUUCUUCAUAUGCCUUUUUACAUAAUUUCACUUCAGUUUCUCUUCCUUGCAUUAGACAUGCCACCUUUCCUUUUCUUUUCAAGUGCUUUUAGGUAAAUAAAAUCCAAAGGAAAAAAAUUUUUUUGUUUUUGUUAAAAAUUGUAG